CCGUCCGCGAACGCCGACGGGGCAGGCGCAGCUCCGUCCAAAGCGCGACAGCCUGCAGGAUGGCCGAAACGCGCAGAAAAAUGGACACGGCCGUCAGAGACUACCAAUAAAUGGAGUCUCACGCCACUCCCCGCUCAACUACUGCAACUAGCACGACGCUGAAACCAGCGGCGACGAGCUAGAGAGAGAGCUCCCCGUCAGGUGUCCGGAACAUCCUCCACGCUCUGAUGGCGAAUCCGGUGUUCGUGCUGCUCUUGCUGGCCAUGGCGUUCAGAGGAUCAGACGGCUCGUGGUGCGUGUGCCGGCCGGACGCGACGGACACGGCGCUGCAGAAGACGCUGGACUACGCGUGCGGGCACGGCGCGGACUGCGCCGCCGUGCUCCCGACGGGCCCGUGCUACAGCCCCACCUCGGUGCGCGCGCACUGCUCCUACGCCGCCAACAGCUACUUCCAGCGGAACAGCCAGGCCAACGGCGCCACCUGCGACUUCGGCGGCACCGCCAACCUCACCGACACGGACCCGAGCUCCGGAACCUGCAAAUACCCUGCGACUCCGAGCGAGGCAGGGACAAGCGGCAACGCGACCGGCACCGGCACGGGCGCGUCCUCUCCAGGCUCCGCGAGCAACCCGGCGACGACGCCCAGCACGGGAGGGAGCUUCACGACACCGGUCGGCGCGUUCGGCCCCGUGCCCAGCACCGUCAGCGCCGCCACCGCCGCCGCGUUCGCUGGCCGCCACGUUCUCCUCCUCGCCGUCGUCUCCGUCCUGGCGUUCCUGGCGCGCUAAGUUACAGACUUGCUGGAUCACAACACAAGGCGCCCGAGCGACGUCAGGAAGGGUGCAUCCUCCGUAAUCCUCCGGCGCGCACGAGGGCUUUGGUGUCAGAGUGGGGGGCUUUGGAUAUUGUUCGUUUUUCUCUUAUCAUGUUUCUCGCGAUUUUCUUCUGUUUUGGAUAUGAAUAUGAACCGAAUUUGGUUGCUUCACUUGAACUCCAAA